GGCAUGCCUAAGGGACGUCGGGCAGGGCGGGGACUCCAUUUCCCGGGAUGCUCUGUUCUAAAGGGGAAGCAGCCUGAGAGAGCUUGGCCUGGGGAGCAGAAUGUAUACCUUGCUCUCUGGGCUUUACAAGUAUAUGUUCCGGCGGGAUGAGUACUGCAUCUUGAUCCUUGGACUGGACAAUGCUGGGAAAACGACCUUCCUCGAACAGACUAAAACAAGAUUUAACAAGAAUUACAAAGGAAUGACCUUAUCCAAAAUCACAACCACUGUGGGCUUGAACAUUGGCACAAUAGACGUGGGCAAGGCCAGGCUAAUGUUCUGGGAUCUUGGAGGACAAGAGGAACUUCAGUCUCUCUGGGAUAAGUACUAUGCAGAAUCCCAUGGAGUCAUCUAUAUUAUUGACUCUACCGAUGAAGAACGGCUUCAAGAAUCGAAACGAGCUUUUGAAAAGAUGGUUACUAGUGAAGUCCUGGAAGGUGUUCCAUUGCUGGUUCUGGCUAACAAACAAGAUGUAGAGAACUGCCUGUCGAUCCCCGACAUCAAGACCGCCUUCAGCGAUUGCAUCAACAAAAUUGGGAAGAGAGACUGCUUGACCCAAGCAUGCUCCGCUCUCACUGGCAAAGGGGUGAAUGAAGGCAUCGAGUGGAUGGUGAAGUGCGUGGUGAGGAAUAUCCAUCGCCCUCCGCGGCAGAAGGACAUCACGUAAAGAGCGGCGAUGUGGGAUUGAAUUCAGGACCCCUUUGUCCUGCAGAGACUCCUUCCUCAUUGUCUUUCUGUCUGACUCCUCCUCUCUUUCAUUCCCUCGCUCUCUCUUUCCUGAGGAGAUUCCCAGGACUUCUGGUUCCUUCUUAGCCAGUGUGUGGCAAACGAAAAGGCACACAUGUUUCCGUUUGGUGUCUCAUGGGAGAACCCCAUAACCGAGAAGGAUUUGGACUCGAGUCUUUACCUAGCGAUGCCUCCCGAGCAACAGGGCAGGGUGCUUGUGCGCCUGCCUGACUGUUGAUGCUCCGCAAUUUGCACAAGGCUCGGGUUCCUUCCGCAUCGCUUUAACUUGUGAGACUAGUGAUUCUUCAGGCAUCCGGUGUGCUUGAAAUACUGGAAAUCUCUCAUUCUAGUUCCCAUUUGUUCUCAGCCUGAAUUGUAUCAGCAGUGUCCGAGUAUAUUUGUAUUGCGAAAGGGGGCUGGAAAUGGGAGGAAAUGGUUCCUUUUGUAACAAAGACAGCAUUUCACUAAUCUAGGAGGUGAUGCCGGGGCUCAUGCCUCCACUUCCACUCUUACUAUAAUUCUCCAUAAACGAGGUCCACGUUGACUUUUACUCUGUUUGUUUCCAAUCCGCUUUGUCACUUUUGUCUGCAGUGUUGCAGAAGUAGAAGCCAAAGGCUGCAAUGUAACGUUUACUCCCACAGUGAGGUGUACUAGAUGAGGCACAGACACACUUACACAAUCUUUUGCCUCUUGUUUCAGUUGAAAGAAUGGGGGGAAAAUAGUUGGGAGCAGUUCUGAAACUGAAUGGAACUAAGUUGCUAAAUCUGUUCCCAGGAUGCAGAGAGACUGUUCAGGGAUUUCUGUCCAAUAAAGUUUGAUAUUCCUCUGUG